CCCCGGGCUGGGGGGAGGGAGAGGGGUUGAGUCAAGAUGGCGGCCAAGGUGGCGAAGCAGCAGCAGCGGCGGCGGCGGCGGCGGCUGGAGUGAGCGUCCGGCUCGCCGCGCCAAGCGAGGUCCCGGUGUAGGGCCGCGCGCCGGGACCGCGUCCCACUCCUCAGGCCGGGGCGCACGUCGGCUCCCACGCUCAGCCAGCUCCCGGUGGUUUCCUGGAAACAUGAUUGUUUAUUGGCGUUGAUCUCACAGUCUGGUGAGGACUUCUUUACUGAUAAUGUCAAGUUCAGGUUAUCCUCCCAACCAAGGAGCAUUCAGCACAGAACAAAGUCGUUAUCCUCCUCACUCUGUCCAGUAUACAUUUCCCAGCACCCGCCACCAGCAGGAGUUCGCAGUCCCUGAUUAUCGUUCCUCUCAUCUUGAAGUGAGUCAGGCAUCACAGCUUUUGCAGCAACAGCAGCAGCAACAGCUUCGAAGGCGACCUUCCUUGCUUUCAGAAUUUCACCCAGGUUCUGACAGGCCUCAAGAAAGAAGAACUGGUUAUGAACCGUUUCAUCCAGGCCCAUCCCCAGUGGAUCAUGAUUCACUGGAAUCGAAGCGACCACGGCUGGAACAGGUUUCUGAUUCUCAUUUUCAGCGUGUCAGUGCUGCGGUUUUACCUUUAGUGCACCCACUACCAGAAGGGCUGAGGUCUUCUGCAGAUGCUAAGAAGGAUCCAGCAUUCGGAGGCAAACAUGAAGCUCCAUCCUCUCCAAUUUCGGGGCAACCAUGUGGAGAUGAUCAAAAUGCUUCACCUUCGAAACUUUCAAAGGAAGAGUUAAUACAGAGUAUGGAUCGUGUAGAUCGAGAAAUUGCAAAAGUAGAACAGCAGAUCCUUAAACUGAAAAAGAAACAACAACAGCUUGAAGAAGAGGCAGCUAAACCUCCUGAGCCUGAGAAGCCCGUGUCCCCUCCUCCUGUGGAGCAGAAACACCGCAGUAUUGUCCAAAUUAUUUAUGAUGAGAAUCGGAAAAAAGCAGAAGAAGCUCAUAAAAUUUUUGAAGGUCUUGGCCCAAAAGUUGAACUGCCACUCUAUAACCAGCCAUCAGAUACCAAGGUGUACCAUGAGAACAUCAAGACUGGAGUACCUGCAAGGCGCAUGAUGAAAAACCAGGUGAUGAGGAAAAAACUCAUUUUAUUUUUUAAAAGAAGAAAUCAUGCAAGAAAACAAAGGGAACAAAAAAUCUGCCAGCGUUAUGAUCAGCUCAUGGAGGCAUGGGAGAAAAAAGUGGACAGAAUAGAAAAUAAUCCUCGGAGGAAAGCUAAAGAAAGCAAAACAAGGGAAUACUAUGAAAAGCAGUUUCCAGAAAUUCGAAAACAAAGAGAACAGCAAGAAAGAUUUCAGCGAGUUGGGCAGAGGGGAGCUGGUCUUUCAGCCACCAUUGCUAGGAGUGAGCAUGAGAUUUCUGAAAUUAUUGAUGGGCUCUCUGAGCAGGAGAAUAAUGAGAAACAAAUGCGGCAGCUCUCUGUGAUUCCACCUAUGAUGUUUGAUGCAGAACAAAGACGAGUCAAGUUCAUUAACAUGAAUGGGCUUAUGGAGGACCCUAUGAAAGUUUAUAAAGAUAGGCAGUUUAUGAAUGUUUGGACUGACCAUGAAAAGGAGAUCUUUAAGGACAAGUUUAUCCAGCAUCCAAAAAACUUUGGACUAAUUGCAUCGUACUUGGAGAGGAAGAGUGUUCCUGAUUGUGUUUUAUAUUACUAUUUAACCAAGAAAAAUGAGAAUUAUAAAGCUCUAGUCAGAAGGAAUUAUGGGAAACGGAGAGGCAGAAACCAGCAGCAAAUUGCCCGACCCUCGCAAGAAGAAAAAGUAGAAGAAAAAGAAGAGGAUAAAGCAGAAAAAACAGAAAAAAAAGAAGAGGAAAAGAAAGAUGAAGAAGAAAAAGAUGAAAAAGAGGACUCCAAAGAAAAUACCAAGGAAAAGGACAAGAUGGAUGGUACAGCAGAAGAAACUGAGGAAAGAGAGCAAGCCACACCCCGGGGGCGAAAGACUGCCAACAGUCAGGGCCGCCGUAAGGGCCGGAUCACCAGGUCCAUGACAAACGAAGCUGCAGCUGCUAGUGCUGCAGCUGCAGCGGCCACUGAAGAGCCCCCACCACCUCUGCCACCGCCACCAGAACCCAUUUCUACAGAGCCUGUGGAGACCUCUCGAUGGACAGAAGAAGAAAUGGAAGUUGCUAAAAAAGGUCUAGUAGAACAUGGUCGUAACUGGGCAGCAAUUGCUAAAAUGGUGGGAACGAAAAGUGAAGCUCAAUGUAAAAACUUCUAUUUUAACUAUAAAAGGCGACACAAUCUUGACAACCUCUUACAGCAGCAUAAACAGAAAACUUCACGAAAACCUCGUGAAGAGCGAGAUGUGUCUCAGUGUGAAAGUGUCGCUUCCACUGUUUCUGCUCAGGAGGAUGAAGAUAUUGAAGCCUCCAAUGAAGAAGAAAAUCCAGAAGACAGCGAAGGUGCAGAAAAUAGUUCUGAUACAGAAAGUGCUCCUUCUCCUUCACCAGUUGAAGCUGUCAAGCCCAGCGAGGACAGUCCUGAAAAUGCUACUUCUCGAGGAAACACAGAACCUGCGGUUGAGCUGGAGCCCACCACGGAAACUGCGCCCAGUACAUCUCCUUCCUCAGCAGUUCCAAGUACAAAACCAGCUGAAGAUGAAAGCGUGGAGACCCAGGUGAAUGACAGCAUCAGUGCUGAGACAGCAGAGCAGAUGGAUGUAGAUCAGCAGGAGCACAGUGCCGAAGGGGGUUCUGUUCAUGAUCCUCCACCCGCUACCAAAGCCGACUCUGUGGAUGUUGAAGUGAGGGUGCCAGAAAACCAUGCAUCUAAAGUUGAAGGUGAUAAUACCAAAGAAAGAGACUUGGAUAGAACCAGUGAGAAGGUGGAACCCAGAGAUGAAGAUUUGGUGGUAGCUCAGCAAAUAAAUGCCCAAAGGCCCGAGCCCCAGUCGGACAAUGAUUCCAGUGCCACGUGCAGCGCUGAUGAGGAUGUGGAUGGAGAGCCAGAGAGGCAAAGGAUGUUUCCUAUGGACUCAAAGCCUUCACUGUUAAACCCCACUGGAUCUAUACUAGUCUCAUCCCCAUUAAAACCAAAUCCACUGGAUCUGCCACAGCUUCAGCAUCGAGCUGCUGUUAUCCCACCAAUGGUAUCCUGCACCCCAUGUAACAUACCAAUCGGAACCCCCGUGAGUGGCUAUGCUCUCUACCAGCGACACAUUAAAGCAAUGCACGAGUCAGCACUCCUGGAGGAGCAGCGGCAGAGACAAGAACAGAUAGAUUUGGAAUGUAGAAGUUCUACAAGUCCAUGUGGCACAUCCAAGAGUCCAAACAGAGAGUGGGAAGGAAAAUCAGUCGCCUAUAUGCCUUAUGCUGAGGUCAAACGUGCUCUAGAACAGGAAGCACAGAUGCACAAUACUGCAGCAAGGUCAGCCUCACCGUGUAGGCUUUCUCCAAGAGAAGUCAGUAAAGCCGCUCCACAGCCUGAUAUGAGUGCAGCCCGCUAUAGUGUCCCGCCAGUCCUUCAGCCUGCUCCACAUCAAGUGAUAACUAAUCUCCCUGAAGGCGUUCGGCUUCCGACGACUCGACCAACCAGGCCACCGCCCCCUCUCAUCCCGUCAUCUAAAACCACAGUGGCUUCAGAAAAACCAUCUUUUAUAAUGGGAGGCUCCAUCUCACAGGGAACACCAGGCACUUAUUUGACUUCUCAUAAUCAGGCUUCCUACACUCAAGAAACACCCAAGCCCUCAGUGGGAUCUAUCUCUCUUGGACUGCCACGGCAACAGGAAUCUGCCAAAUCAGCUACUUUGCCCUACAUCAAGCAGGAAGAAUUUUCUCCCCGAAGCCAAAACUCACAACCUGAGGGUCUAUUGGUCAGGGCCCAACAUGAAGGUGUAGUCAGAGGUACCGCAGGAGCCAUACAAGAAGGAAGUAUAACUCGGGGAACUCCAACCAGCAAAAUUUCAGUGGAGAGCAUUUCAUCCCUACGGGGCUCUAUCACUCAGGGCACUCCAGCUCUGCCCCAGACUGGCAUACCAACAGAAGCUUUGGUGAAGGGGUCCAUUUCUAGAAUGCCCAUUGAAGACAGCAGUCCUGAGAAAGGCAGAGAGGAAGCUGCAUCCAAAGGCCAUGUUAUUUAUGAAGGCAAAAGUGGACAUAUCUUGUCAUAUGAUAAUAUUAAGAAUGCCCGAGAAGGGACUAGGAGUCCAAGAACAGCUCAUGAAAUCAGUUUAAAGAGAAGCUAUGAAUCAGUGGAAGGAAAUAUAAAGCAAGGGAUGUCAAUGAGGGAGUCUCCUGUAUCAGCACCGUUAGAGGGGCUGAUAUGCCGAGCAUUACCCAGGGGGAGUCCUCAUUCUGACCUCAAAGAAAGGACUGUAUUGUCUGGCUCCAUAAUGCAGGGGACACCAAGAGCAACAACUGAAAGCUUUGAAGAUGGCCUGAAAUAUCCCAAACAAAUUAAAAGGGAAAGUCCUCCCAUACGAGCGUUUGAGGGUGCCAUUACCAAAGGAAAACCAUAUGAUGGCAUCACCACCAUCAAAGAAAUGGGGCGUUCCAUUCAUGAGAUUCCAAGGCAAGAUAUUUUAACUCAGGAAAGUCGGAAAACUCCAGAAGUGGUCCAGAGCACAAGGCCGAUAAUUGAGGGUUCCAUUUCCCAGGGCACACCAAUAAAAUUUGACAACAACUCAGGUCAAUCUGCCAUCAAACACAAUGUCAAAUCCUUAAUCACGGGGCCUAGCAAACUAUCCCGUGGAAUGCCUCCGCUGGAAAUUGUGCCAGAGAACAUAAAAGUUGUAGAACGGGGAAAAUAUGAGGAUGUGAAAGCAGGCGAACCCGUGCGUUCCCGGCACACGUCAGUGGUAAGCUCUGGCCCCUCCGUUCUUAGGUCCACACUGCAUGAAGCUCCCAAAGCACAACUGAGCCCUGGGAUUUACGAUGACACCAGUGCACGGAGGACCCCUGUGAGUUAUCAAAACACCAUGUCCAGAGGCUCACCCAUGAUGAACAGAACUUCUGAUGUUACAAUUUCUUCUAACAAGUCUACCAAUCAUGAAAGGAAGUCGACACUGACCCCUACGCAGAGGGAAAGUAUCCCAGCGAAGUCUCCAGUGCCUGGGGUGGACCCUGUCGUGAGCCACAGUCCGUUUGAUCCCCAUCACAGAGGCAGCGCUGCAGGCGAGGUUUAUCGGAGCCACCUGCCCACGCACUUGGAUCCAGCCAUGCCUUUUCACAGGGCUUUAGAUCCUGCAGCGGCUGCUUACCUGUUUCAGAGACAGCUUUCACCAACUCCAGGUUACCCAAGUCAGUAUCAGCUUUACGCAAUGGAGAACACAAGACAGACAAUCUUAAAUGAUUACAUUACCUCACAACAGAUGCAAGUGAACUUGCGUCCAGAUGUGGCCAGAGGACUCUCCCCAAGAGAGCAGCCACUGGGUCUUCCGUACCCAGCAACGAGAGGAAUCAUUGACCUGACCAAUAUGCCUCCAACAAUUUUAGUGCCUCAUCCAGGGGGAACAAGCACUCCUCCCAUGGACAGAAUCACUUAUAUUCCUGGUACGCAGAUUACUUUCCCUCCCAGGCCAUACAACUCUGCUUCCAUGUCUCCAGGACACCCAACACACCUUGCAGCUGCUGCAAGCGCCGAGAGGGAACGGGAGCGGGAGAAGGAGCGGGAGCGGGAGCGGGAACGGAUUGCUGCAGCUUCCUCCGACCUCUACCUGCGGCCAGGCUCAGAACAGCCUGGCCGACCUGGCAGUCAUGGAUAUGUUCGCUCCCCUUCCCCUUCAGUAAGAACUCAGGAGACCAUGUUGCAACAGAGACCCAGUGUUUUCCAAGGAACCAAUGGAACCAGUGUAAUCACACCUUUGGAUCCAACUGCUCAGCUACGAAUCAUGCCACUGCCUGCUGGGGGCCCUUCAAUAAGCCAAGGCCUGCCAGCCUCCCGUUACAACACUGCUGCGGAUGCCCUGGCUGCUCUUGUGGAUGCUGCAGCUUCUGCACCCCAGAUGGAUGUGUCCAAAACAAAAGAGAGUAAGCAUGAAGCUGCCAGGUUAGAAGAAAAUUUGAGAAGCAGGUCAGCAGCAGUUAGUGAACAGCAGCAGCUAGAGCAGAAAACCCUGGAGGUGGAGAAGAGAUCUGUUCAGUGUUUAUACACUUCUUCAGCCUUUCCAAGUGGCAAGCCCCAGCCUCAUUCUUCAGUAGUUUAUUCUGAGGCUGGGAAAGAUAAAGGGCCUCCUCCAAAAUCCAGAUAUGAGGAAGAGCUAAGGACCCGAGGGAAGACUACCAUUACUGCAGCUAACUUCAUAGACGUGAUCAUCACCCGGCAAAUUGCCUCGGACAAGGAUGCGAGGGAACGUGGCUCUCAAAGUUCAGACUCUUCUAGUAGCUUAUCUUCUCACAGGUAUGAAACACCUAGCGAUGCUAUUGAAGUGAUAAGUCCUGCCAGCUCACCUGCGCCACCCCAGGAAAAACUGCAGACCUAUCAGCCAGAGGUUGUUAAGGCAAAUCAAGCCGAAAACGAUGCUACCAGACAAUAUGAAGGACCAUUACAUCACUAUCGACCACAGCAGGAAUCACCGUCUCCCCAACAACAGCUGCCCCCUUCCUCACAGGCAGAGGGAAUGGGGCAGGUGCCCAGGACCCAUCGGCUGAUCACACUUGCUGAUCACAUCUGUCAAAUUAUCACACAAGAUUUUGCUAGAAAUCAAGUUUCCUCGCAGACUCCCCAGCAGCCUCCUACUUCUACAUUCCAGAACUCACCAUCUGCUUUGGUGUCUACACCUGUGAGGACUAAAACGUCCAAUCGUUACAGCCCAGAAUCCCAGGCUCAGUCUGUCCAUCAUCAAAGACCAGGUUCAAGAGUCUCUCCAGAAAAUCUUGUGGACAAAUCCAGGGGAAGUAGGCCUGGAAAAUCCCCAGAGAGAAGUCACGUCUCUUCGGAGCCCUACGAGCCCAUCUCCCCACCCCAGGUUCCAGUUGUGCAUGAGAAACAGGACAGCUUGCUGCUGUUGUCUCAGAGGGGCGCAGAGCCUGCAGAGCAGAGGAAUGAUUCCCGGUCACCAGGGAGUAUAAGCUACUUGCCUUCAUUCUUCACCAAGCUUGAAAAUACAUCACCCAUGGUUAAAUCAAAGAAGCAGGAGAUUUUUCGUAAGUUGAACUCCUCUGGUGGAGGUGACUCUGAUAUGGCAGCUGCUCAGCCAGGAACUGAGAUCUUUAAUCUGCCAGCAGUUACUACAUCAGGCUCAGUUAGCUCUAGAGGCCAUUCUUUUGCUGAUCCUGCCAGCAAUCUCGGGCUGGAAGACAUUAUCAGGAAGGCUCUCAUGGGAAGCUUUGAUGACAAAGUUGAGGAUCAUGGAGUUGUCAUGUCCCAGCCUAUGGGAGUAGUGCCUGGUACUGCCAACACCUCAGUUGUGACCAGUGGUGAGACACGGAGAGAGGAAGGGGACCCAUCACCUCAUUCAGGAGGAGUUUGCAAACCAAAGCUGAUCAGCAAGUCAAACAGCAGGAAAUCUAAAUCUCCUAUCCCUGGGCAAGGCUACUUAGGAACCGAACGGCCUUCUUCAGUCUCCUCCGUACAUUCAGAAGGGGAUUACCAUAGGCAGACGCCAGGGUGGGCCUGGGAAGACAGGCCCUCUUCAACAGGCUCAACUCAGUUUCCUUAUAACCCUCUGACUAUGCGGAUGCUCAGCAGUACUCCACCAACACCGAUUGCAUGUGCUCCCUCUGCUGUGAACCAAGCAGCUCCUCACCAACAGAACAGGAUCUGGGAGCGAGAGCCUGCCCCACUGCUCUCAGCACAGUACGAGACCCUGUCGGAUAGUGAUGACUGAACUGCACAAAGUGAGGGGAACAGGGUGCAGGAGAGGGAUCUCUAGUUUUUGGUGGUUUAAUUUUUAGUAGCAGGUCAACAACCUGCCCUCCUAUGACUUAUUCCCUGAGACUUUUCAGGAGAGCCAGCCCACAGAUGAUGAAGAAAUGAUGGAAAUUCAUUUGGAGAGUCAAAUGGGAAAAAACCAUACAAAAAACUGCCUUUGAGACAGGCAAUUCAGUGGACUAUAAUAAUAGUGGAGGGUUGAGAUGUAGAGUUUUUAAAAAGUGGACAGUUCCUGUUCUUACAUCUGUUUGUAAAGAAAACCAUAAUGUCUUUAAAUCACUCUUCUGUAAAUAGAUGACCUUUUUGCAGUGUAUAUCCCCUUGCUGUAGUAUCUGGUGUACUUAUGUUCAAAUCAGCGCAUCAACUUUGGGGGUGAUUUUUAAAAAUCUUUUUGUCUAUCUUUUUAACCCUAGCCUUCUAAACAACCUCAUACAGCCCAGUUACAUAAUGUUGGCUGUCACGGGCAUUGUACUUUUAUCUGAUUUUGUUUCCUCUAAAUUCAGCUUUCCAGUGAUGUUUAAAAUCUUGUGGAAAUGUUUAGAUUUUUAACACAGACCCUGUCAUAAAAUCUGUACGUUAGGGUCAGAAGGUAGAAGUAACAAAUUCUGCCAUAUUGUAAAUUUCCAGUGCAGGCUUUAAUUUUUUUUUUUUUUUUUUCAUUAGUAGCACUGAAAAAAUAUUACUGCAUGGGUAUGUUCUAGUUCAGUUUAUAAAGUUUUAAAGGCUUAUUUGAGGCAUACCUCACUGUUAUGCACACUGGUAAUUUAACCAUGCCCCUAAGUAUUCCUUUUCUCCUGCAUUUGAUGCAGCCCAACAAAGCUUUUGUUUUGAAAUAAAUUUGACUACCCUGUCCAUAGCUACAGUAGAUUAUUUGUGAUUUAAGGCUCCUGGUGUCUCAGGUUCCAAAGGAAAAGCUUACAUAUUUUUCCCUUAGUUUGAUAUAUAUGAUUGGUUGGGUUAAAAGAUAAUGAUCUGUGUAGUAUUUAGAUGUGCUUUGUGCUGUAUCCUGAAAAACACAUGGUGAACACAGCCCUUUUCCCCAUCGCUGUGGACCAGCACUUACUCUCACUUUGCUUCCUUGGGAUAAGAGUUUACUGUUAAAUGUUUUCAUUUCACAGAUUCUCAAGGUGCAAAUAAUGUAAAAGACUGAAUUUAGUCUAAACUAAUUAUGGUACUAGAGGGCCAGUUGUAUCUUUCAUUAAGAAUUGCUUGCUGAAUUUUAAAGUUUUUUUCAUACAAUUUAUCAUAGCAUUUAAUUAUCUUUCCAUAACAUAUAGAUACUAAGUUUUGGGAGAAUGCCACUGGUAACUGGAAAGGGGAGAAAUAGAUCUCUCAAGAUGAUAAAAAUUAGUACUUUACAGACUUUCAAGUAGACCUAGACUUUUAAACAAAAGUACUCAAGGCUUUUAAGGAAGCAGCUCUGUGAUUAGCUACUGACCAAGACCCUCCUAUCACUAGUGUCUAAUCCCUAUGUUACAGAUGAAGACACAGGUUUAGUACUUUGCCCAUACAGUUAAAUGAGUGACAGAGAUAGGCCAUAAGCCCACAUUUGUCUCCAGUCAAAGCUUUCACUCCUGUCCCUGUUCCACUUCUGUAUACCUGAGGUCCCCAACACAAACUUUAGAUCAGGCGUUCCUAGUACUUGGAAAGUUGGUAUAUUUACAACAGAUAUAUGUAAACACAUAAAAAUUUCAAAAUGAAUGACAAACAGUGACUAAAUGUUCUACUUCACAGUUUUCUGCUGAAUUUUUCUUUUCAGGUACUGGUAAUAUUUUAGAAUUUGUUAAUAAUUUAUAUUGCCAACCUACCAUAAAAGAGAUUAUGAUGGUAUUUUUCUAUGACCCUGAGGGUCUUAAGCUAUUCUGAGUCAGAAUACAGUUGACCCUUGAACAACACGGGUUUGAACUGUGUGGGUCCACUUAUACACGGAUUUUCUUCCACCUCUGCCACCCAAGAUAGCAAGACCAACCCCUCCUCAUCCUCAGCCUACUCAACAUGAAGAUGACGAGGAUGAAGACCUUCAUGAUGAUCCACUUCCACUUAAUGAAUAGUAAAUAUAUUUUCUCUUCCUUAUAAUCUUAAUAACAUUUUCUCUUCUCUAGCUUACUUUAUUGUAAGAAUACAGUAUAUAAUACAUAUA